CGCACGUGGGGCCGCCGCCGCCGCCGGGGGUUCGCGGCCCGGGGGCCGCAGCGCGGAGUCGGGAGCGCGGUGCCGGGCCGCUCCGCUCCGUCCCGCCCCGCCGCUGCCCCGCGCGGCGCUGGGGCACUCCCCUCUCCCGCCCUCCCCCCGCCCCUCCGGGCCCUCCCCCUGUGUCACGGCGGCGCCCGCAUUCGGGGACGGGCACGGCGGAGGGAGGGAAGGAGGGAGCGGACGAACGAACGAACGAGCGAGCGAACGAACGAACGAGCGGCGGCCGCCCCAGCAUGUGGCCUGCCCGCGCCGUGGCGGCAGCGCGGCGGCGGCGGCGUCGGCGGGCAGGUGCGCGGCCGCUGAAACGGAGCGGGGGGGCGUAGGGGCGGGGAGCCGCCCGCCGCCCGCCCCGCCGCCGCCCUCGCCCGGCGCUGUCAGGUGCCCCGCCGCCCGGCUCCGGAGUACGCCGGUUCCCGGUCGAGGAUGCCGCCCGCCGCCGGUCGCUCCGGUUCAUCUGUUGCUGCCUGACCGCGCCGCCAGCCCGGUGCAGCCUCCGCCGAUGGAUGCGGCAGCCCCCGCGCCCUGCCCGCCCGCAGCCGCUCCGCUGCCUAUUGUGCCGGGAACGACUUCGGAGCUCUGCGGCUGGUAAAAAAAAAAAAAAAGAAAAAAAGAAAGAAAAAAGAACCCAAACCAAAAACCCCCCGCGUCCGGCCCGGGCCGGAGAGGCCACCGAUGAAUAUGCAGCAUCCCCACCGGCUCGUCUCUCCCGUUAGCCUCCGGUUUCCCGGCGCGGAGCCGGGCAGAGCCGCCUCCUAGAGCUCCGCCGGACUUCGGGCUGCACCCCAGGACCCGGGCGCACGGAGCGGCUCCUCCUUCCCUUCACCCCCUCCAUCCGAGCUUGGAGCCCUUCUUCGCACUCCUUUCCCUCCCGGGGUUUGUUUUUUUGGUUGUUGUUUUGCUUUUUUUCCUUUUUUUUUUUCUUUUUUCGGUGGAAACCGACCGUAACUCCGGGGAGGAGGUUGUUGGUGGGGAGGGGAGCGGCGGGAAGGGGACCAUGGAAGAAAAGCUCCAGGCGCAUCAGGUGGAGAUCGACCCGGAUUUCGAGCCGCAGAGCCGGCCCCGGUCCUGCACUUGGCCUCUCCCCCACCCCGACUUCGCGGCGGAGGAGGAGGAUGGGGGCGCGGCGGGGGGACCCCCGGCGCUGGCGGCCGGUGGCGGGGACGGAGCCGAGAACGCGGCGGCCCCGGCGGAGCGCAGAGCGGCCGCCGCCGCCUCCCUGCCGCCCCCCGGCGCGGACGUCGGGCAGCUCCGCAAGGCCAAGACCUCCCGGAGGAACGCCUGGGGCAACCUCUCCUACGCCGACCUCAUCACCAAAGCCAUCGAGAGCUCGCCAGAGAAGCGCCUCACCCUCUCGCAGAUCUACGACUGGAUGGUGCGAUACGUCCCCUACUUUAAGGAUAAAGGAGACAGCAACAGCUCCGCUGGCUGGAAGAACUCCAUCCGGCACAACCUGUCCCUGCACACCCGCUUCAUCCGCGUGCAGAACGAGGGCACCGGCAAGAGCUCCUGGUGGAUGCUGAACCCCGAGGGUGGCAAGACAGGGAAGACGCCGCGCCGGCGGGCAGUGUCAAUGGACAACAACAGCAAGUUCCUGCGCAUCAAGGGGAAGGCCAGCAAGAAGAAGCAGCUGCAGGUGACACAGGAGCGCGGGGAGGACAGCCCCUCUGCCCAGCAAGCCAAGUGGUCGGAGAGCCCCGCGUCCCACGCCAGCGACGAGUACGACGCCUGGGCGGACUUCAGGACGCGGGCCAACUCCACGGCCAGCACGCUGAGCGGGCGCCUCUCGCCCAUCAUGUCCAACCAUGAGCCGGAUGAGCUGGAGGAGGACGACGGUACCCCCUCCUCCCCACUGAUGUACCCCAGCCCCUCCAGCACCAUGUCUCCUUCCCUCAACGCCCGCUGCUCUGUGGAGCUGCCCCGGCUGACCGACCUGACCGGCACCAUCAGCCUGAACGAGAGCCUGGGGGAGAGCAUGCUGGAGGACCUGCAGGACGGCUACAGCAUGAGCCCCUCGCAGCAGCUCCCCCCAGCCGCCCUGCGGCAGCGCAGCUCCAAUUUCACCUUCAACUCCAAGUGCUCCACCAUGGGGGCUGCCACCAACACCUACUGUGGGACCAUCUACAGCCAGCCGGCCAUGAGCCUCAUGCGCCGCCUGCCCAUGCAGACCAUCCAGGAGAACAAGCAAGCCACCUUCUCACCCGUCAGCUCCUACAGGAACGCCUCGCUGCAGGACCUGCUCUCCUCCAUCUCCUACGCGCACAAGGAGAGCAUGGUCCCCGGGGACCUGCCCCUGCCCCAGGCCAGCCCCAUGGUGCCGGCCCGUGGCCACAGACACAACCCGCUGCUGUGCGGAAGCGGGGAGCAGGGCUUGUCCUCCUACCCGUCCCACCAUGGCUCUCUCAUGAAGAGCAACGCUCUGUACCACCCGUCACCAGCCGGUCACCACCCUGCAGUCAACACCAGUGCCUUAGCUAAUCCUGUCAGCCUUAUGAGCUUGCCCAGUGACACGUGCAGCAUGACGGCCAUGCCGCACCAUGGGCACCUGCAUUCCUACGCUAAUAACCAAGGGGCACACAUGAGCUUGCUGGAUUCGCUGCAGGGCCCCUACCCGGGGGCUGUCCACCCCCCCGUGUUGGGCCAAGACAGGUUCCCAGCAGACCUGGACCUGGACAUGUUCAACGGGAGCCUGGAGUGCGACGUGGAGUCGAUCAUCCUGAAUGACUUUAUGGACAGCGACGAGAUGGACUUCAACUUCGACUCAGCUCUCCCGCCGCAGAAUGGGCUUAAUGUGCCCGUGCUGCCCGGGGGUCCGCAACCCACGAACCAGAGCUGGGUGCCCGGGUGACCCCCGCCCCAGGUGGGGCUCGCCACCAAGAAGCCACGAGGGGAACAUUGAGACUAACUUUUUUUUUUUCUCCUUUCUCUUCUGCCUUUGUUUGUUAAGAUGGGCUAGAGCCAUCGGUCUGAGCUUGAGGCCGAACAUAAAACACAAACCGUAGGGUCAAAUAUUGAGAUGGAGUAGGGGCCCCAGCCCCACGUGUGCCCGAUCUGCUGGGUCCUCCCACAAGCAUCGUCUGGAGGACGCAGGGCAGGCAGGCGGGAGAGGCAGCUGGAGCCAGGCAGGUCCAGGGAGGGGAACAGAAAGGAAAAGCCUUUCCAGACAGUCCCAGUGCCCCAUUGUGAUGGUGCCAGUUUGAUUUGUCCUUGGGCUGGGUGAUGGAGUGGUGACGGCAGUGGCAUGGAACCCCCUGCAUGGGCAUCCCUUUCUGGAAAGGGACCCUUUUCUCUGAGCCGCCUCAGGAAAUGAGUCCUCUGAGUAGAAGUGUCAAAAGCAGGGAACCCCCCAGGGCGAGGUGGGGCUUGUCACCCUUAAAUCCUGGUGGAGAUCUGAGCUCUGCCAAGCGCACACCGCGGGUCUCCUCGCACACCGCGGGUCUCCUCGCGUGGCUCCAGGCAGGUUUUGUUACCCAGCAGCAAUGGUUGGUGAUGGAGGGAAGGCUGUGCAACCCGCUGCCCUGGGGACAGCAUAAUGACAGCCCAGUGCCCACCAGUGCCAUGGUCACACCUGCUCGUGGGAGAACGGUGGUACCCUGCCCAGAGCAAGUGUGGGCACAACAUCUAAUGGGGUGCACAGCCCAGCACGGGAUGGUCCUGCUGGGAGCGACAAGCUGCUGGCUGGGGUCCCCCAUGCUGAGGCUCAGGGGGAGCUCACAGGGUUGGGGAGGGAGGUGUAUUUAUUUGAUUUAAUGCACUCUUUUGCCAUUGAGUUUUUGCAUUGCAAGGAAGAAAGGGUCGAGCUUAGGGAGAGGAAGAGAGAUGCUGUGGGCAAUGCCGGGGGCUACGCCCCAUUGCAUGUCCCGUCUUGGCUUGGCCAUGGCUUUGGGUGAUGGAUGAUGGGGCGGAAUUCGGGGGCUGUGAAGUGAGUUAUCCUCGAGAAGGGGCUGUGUGUGUGUGAGGAGGGGAGGGAGAUGGUGGCCAGGCCUCUGGAGGCAACAUGGGGUCCCCCCUGCCCCAAGCCUGGGUGACCCCCGCUGCAUCCCCAGUGUGUGGGGUUCCUGGGGCGGUCACUGCUGGCUUCAGGAGUGACUCCAGCCAGCACGACUUUCUCCAAGGGCUUACUGUCUGUCCCCAGGAUGCCAGAGGAGCUGAUCUGGGGGGGAACAUCAGCAGGAGGGGUCAGCCCUGAUGUACCCAUCUGCCAGGGGCCCGUGCUCCAUGGGGAUGGGGACCACGAGUCAGAUGUGGUCCUGGUGUGUGUCAGGAGCCCAAAUCAGCCCCACAGCUCUGCACGGCAGGGGUGGACCAGGGACCCAGAGCCACCCUGCACAGUGGGGCGAGGGCUGCCCAUCACAGGGGUAACAGGGUUUUGGGGUGGGGCAGCCAGGCUGGAUGGGGAUGGAGGGGCUGGGGGAGCUGCUGCUCUGGCCCCCCCGGCUCUGCACACCCAUCUUCCCCCUGGGCAGCACAGACUUUCUCUAGCCCCUGGGUUGCAGCGAGGGUUAGUCCACUGAACCAGCACAUUUUCCUGGCCCAGCUCUUCCCAUCUCGCUCCAGCAUCACCUCCUCUACCACGGUGCAGGUGCUGGGUCCCACCAGUCCGUAAGGGAAGCUCGGCUGCUGGGAGCCAGGGCAGUGGGGGACCCCUGGGUGGGCACCCCCUGCUCCUCCCCUGGCCCCCGUGUCUGUGGCAGAGUGUGACAGAGGAGCCCCAUGUGCCACCGUUCACCUCCGCCCUGGGCACACGGUGGGCAUAGUCUCUAAAGACAUUAUUACAGGUUAAUUAAUUAUGUUUACAUUAUUUGAUCAUGUACAGAAUUUAAUAUAUUCUAUUAUAUAUAAUCUUUCUUGAAUGCUUUUUUAAAAAGGAUUAUUCUUUGGUCAGGAUCAUUACCGCAUUCGUUUUAUACACCACCUCUCGUUUCAGGCAUAUUUAAAUAGUUGGAAACCAGUUGCAAGUGGCUAUUUAAUCCCCGGCACCCCAGCUCUGCAGGCAGGGUGUGCAGGGCUGCUGGUGAGGAGAGGCAGUGAGGGCGGCGGGGGCUGCCCCAGGACAAAGCAGGGGCUCUUCCCCCGAGGAAGGUGAGGAAGGGAAGGGGUCCUGGCUCUUCCAGACACAUCCAGCAGCACCAGCACGGGCCGGCUGGGCUAUCCCUGCCAUCGGGCAUUGCAGGUGGGAUGCUCGGGCACAGAGACCCCCCAAAAACCCCUCCAGUGUCGCAGAUAUGGGCUGACCAUCGUGGUGGAGGGGCAGCCGCACCAGCUGUAAGAGAAAAGCCCCCCCUGCUUACACCUGCCCCGCUCCCCUCCACCUGCCUCCCCCUGCCCCACCGCGUGGUGCCCCCGGGGCACGUCCCAUUGCCAAGCUGUCUUUGUGGUUCGUGACCGUGGGGUUGUCGUGUGUGCGGUGGAGUCGUGUUGGUAAAGCGUCGUGUGUACAGUCGUCGUGCGGUGCGAGGGACAGCGGGCGGCGGGCAGCAGUGCAGAGCCCCCUCCAAAAGUGGCUGGGACCCCGGGGGAGGUGAGACGGGCUGGUCCCACACGGUGCAGGGGAGCGGAGCUGAGGGAUGCCCGGGUGGGUUGGUGGUGGUGGCAUGGGGGUGUCGGGGCCAUGGCCCAGGCCUGUGGGGCAGGCGGGUUCUGGGGUUGCCCCCUGGAAAUGCUGUGAGCGCGGGGAAGGGGAACCCUGGGCUUUAUCUCAGUGGUGGCCAAGACGCCAGGUUCUCCCUCUGGAAACAGCUCCCUGAGCACAGGCCACCUCAUGUCCCACCAAACUCAGCUUCAGUGCCCUCCCUCCAGCACCCCCGCUCCCUCCCGGCCCCCCCUGCCCCAUAGGACAGCCCAUGGGAACAAGGAGCAUCCUCUGCUCCCAGCCCUGCUCCUGCCCAUCCCCAGCCCUGCCCGGAGCGAGGAGCCGGCGUUGAGGGGACGCCGAAGGGGCUCCACCAGUUUGCUUCAUACGGCAGUUUUCGGUCCGUCCUUUCCCUCGUAUUUAUAACUGUACAGGCUGGGGGGGGGGUCUCUGACAGGCGUCAUUCUCUCACCACGCAUCUAUCGUAGGCAAUGGUAACUUUCUUGAUCGUGCUAUUAGAGUUUGUGUAUGUGGCAAUGUAAAGAACUGUGUAUAGUGCAUUGUACAGCAUAUUUUCAUGAAUAAAAUUGUUUUAAAUAUUACAA